GCUACAUGAUGGAAUCAGAGCGAGUUGCUCUGCGCUUAGAGACCAAUUAAACACGGCCUCAUUUGUUACUGAGCAGCUUAUAUUCAGUUUUACUCAUCAGGAAUUGUUUCGAUUAGGUCAAGGAGCAGCAGACUGGGGGGGUUAAAAAGACCAUUAUUCGCAGCCAUGCACAGGAAUAAUUCUGCUGGGGUCGUAAGGCGCAAUGUUAAUCAAGAAAACAUUUAUUCUGGACCACAAAAUUAUCCUGUUCUUCAAAAGCAACGAACCGUUUUGGGAGUGUUAAAUGAAAACGAUCAACAGAAACGUUCACUUCAUCAGGUUCCCCCGAAACCCAAUAGUAUCAUUACACUAGGUAUAGACAAUGGCUUCAGCACUACUAAGAGUAGCACCACUUUUGCGGAGUGCCCGGUUACUAUCGUAUCCAACCCAAACUUCAAUAUUUACAUGGAGGAUGAAGUCCAAGAUGAGGUUGAAAUAUCAGAAUAUAACCUGACAUCCGAAUUAGAAACAAAAUUGGGAGAAGUUGGUCAUGUCCCCAAACCAGCCGGCGACUGCUUAUUCUUGGAUCUUAGUGAAGCUUCGCCAAUGGUAAUAGAUUCAUCAAUUCGACGUUUUCAUUAUGAUUCGGAUGAACAUGUGGAUUUUCUUGCUGUGGAAGAAUAUGCGGAAGAUAUUUAUCAAUACCUUCGAGAAGCCGAAGUGAGGUGUAAGCCAAAAUUUGGUUACAUGAAGAAGCAACCAGACAUAACGGCCAGUAUGCGCUCUAUCCUUGUGGAUUGGCUGGUAGAAGUCAGCGAGGAGUACAAUCUGCAAACUGAAACUUUGUACUUGGCAAUAAACUACUUGGACAGAUUCCUAUCAUGCAUGUCGGUACUGCGAGGAAAGUUGCAGCUUGUAGGGACAGCAGCCAUACUCGUGGCAUCCAAAUAUGAAGAAAUAUAUCCUCCGGAAAUUGAUGAAUUUGUCUACAUAACAGACGACACGUACACAAGGAAGCAACUCUUGCGCAUGGAGCACCUCCUCCUCAAGGUUUUGAGCUUUGACAUGACUGUACCGACAGUCAACCAAUUUCUCACACAAUUUUUGAAGGAAGAGGGGAUUGGUGGACAAAUGGGAACCCUGGCCAUGUAUAUAGCUGAACUGAGUUUACUAGAAGCUGAUGUAUGCCUCAAGUACAUGCCCUCUCUGACAGCAGCAGCUGCAUAUUGUUUGGCAAAUUACACCAUCAACAAAGAUUUUUGGCCAGAAUCUCUUGCAGCAUUCACUGGUUACUCUUUGUCUGAUAUUGUACCUUGUCUGAAUGACUUGCAUAAAAUAUUUCUUCAAGCAAAUUUCCAGCCUCAACAAGCAAUUAAAGAAAAGUACAAGAGUUCAAAGUACUUGGGAAUUUCUCUCAUUGAACCCCCAGCAACUUUACCUCUGGAAUUUUCAAGUGCAAUUGAAGGAUGAAAAUGGAAUGUUGAUACCAAAAUAGACUGAACUAGUCAUGGCAACAUUAGUCCCCUUGGGGACUGCUGCUGGUCAUCUCCCUGUGGCUGUAGGCUACCAUUGGAUUGUGACUUUGAAUAUUUUAAGGUGCAAUUUUAUCUACAGUAUUAAUUUUUAUUUAAACAGUCCAUGAAAUUAGAUUAGCUUUCUAAAGGUUUUCAGUAACAUGUAUUUUAAAGUUAAAUGCAAAUAUCAUUUCUAACAUUUUUAACUGAUCUUGCUUGGAUAAGAGAUGAGUGUAUAUGGUACUCUGGGACAACCAAUAAAGUGCAUUUUUAACUUGCAG